AUGGAGCGCAUCGAGGGGGCGGCCGUGAGCCGCUGCGCAGCCUCGCCGUACCUGCUGCCGCUCACGCUGCACUACCGCCAGAAUGGCGCCCAGAAGUCGUGGGACUUCAUGAAGACUCACGAUAGCGUGACCAUCCUCAUGUUCAACUCUUCCCGGAGGAGCCUGGUGUUGGUGAAGCAGUUCCGGCCAGCCGUGUACGCUGGCGAGGUGGAGCGUCUCUUCCCGGGGUCCCUGGCAGCUGCGGAGCAGGACAGGCCCCGGGCGCUGCCCCUGGUGCUGCCUGGCUCGGCAGGGGUCACCUACGAGCUAUGCGCCGGCCUCCUGGACCAGCCCGGGCUCUCGCCGGAGGAGGUGGCCUGCAAGGAGGCCUGGGAGGAGUGCGGCUACCGCCUGGCACCCUCUGACCUGCGCCGGGUGGCCUCAUACAAGUCUGGUGUGGGACUGACCAGCUCCAGCCAGACCAUGUUCUAUGCGGAGGUGACGGAUGCUCAACGGGGAGGCCCGGGCGGGGGCCUGGCUGAGGAGGGAGAACUCAUCGAGGUGGUGCAUCUGCCCCUGGACGGCGCCCGGGCCUUUGCGGACAACCCGGAUGUUCCCAAGACCCUCGGCGUGAUCUUUGGUAUCUCGUGGUUCUUCAGCUGCGUGGCCCCUGGCCUGGGUCCCCAGUGA